AUGGAGUCCAUCACCAUCACCUACCGUGGAGAGAAUUUUUGCCUCGUCCUAAACAGCGGCAACGAUGAUUUUCUCGGAUCGCAGGCCGGCAGCCGCAGCAGCGGAUCGGACCUGCAGCGGUUUGACGAUCCGGAGCUGCAGUAUUGUGCCGAGUACAAGUACCCGGCGCUGCCGGACCGGAGAACAAAAAAGAUGAUCCGGCUCUUGAAGCUUAUGUCGGGUGCGCCUACCGGCCGGGAAAUCUUUUGCGAGCUGAUUGAAGCCACGUACGACAAGAAUUUCCGCAUCCCUACGACGUCACCCAUUGACUCAAGCUCGAGCUCGCAUGGAGGGAAGGGAGGCGGUCUCGGCACCCCGCAAGCUGGCGACGGGGGAGAUGAUGAAAGUAACAGGAGUGAGCAGGAAGAUUGCUGGAAGCCGCAAAAGGUCGAGACAGAAGGCGAAGCGCGGAAGCGGGCGCAGCGUAAGGGCAAGCGGCGGUUUGACAAGCUAGCCAAGGAAUUGUCGGCUGAGCCUGACAAGGCUAAGGCCAAGGAGGAAAGUCGGCUAGACGAGCUGGUCAAGGAAUGGGAAGGCGUUAAGAAGAACGAGGUGCAGUACGAGGCGCUAUCGUGGACAUGGAGGAGUGCCGACGAGCAGUACUUGGCGCUGGCGCUCAAGUACCUGCGCCGCCCCGGCGAGGAGCGCAUAUUGUGGAUCGACGCCAUCUGUAUCAACCAAGACAACCUAGGUGAGCGCAACCAUCAGGUGCAGUUGAUGUCGAGAAUCUACACACGCGCGUCGCAGGUCUGCGUCUGGUUGGGCGAGGAUGAUAGCGACAGUAAGGUUGCCAUCAGCUUCAUCAAGGAGGAGAUCCGGGAGCUCAAGAAUUUCGACACCAUCUCUUCCACCCCGCAGUACAGCCGAAAGUGGCGGGCCUGGAUGUCGCUGAUGCAAAGAGAGUGGUUUUUUCGACGCUGGGUGGUGCAGAAAAUUGCGCUAGCUACAGCAGCAACCGUCUACUGCGGCCCGCACUCUGUGCCCUAG